AUGUCGAGUCAAAUAAUAUUUCUAGAGGACUACUGCGAAAUUUAUUUUGGUGAACUUGGCGAAAACAGAUCAUGCUCAAUAACUGAUAAUAUUGUAACCACUGAAGAUUAUCAAAUAAGUUUAGCUUUAUCUACUCUAAUAAUAAAUUGGACAAGCCCAGUGUUUCACUGUUGGAAUAUUUACAAAAUAUCUAAUGAAACAGAUGACGAACUUGUUAGAAUUACUGUGAAUGGAAUUAGAAGUGAAGUCGAUAUGAGAAUUAGCCCUGGCGUACAUUAUCUUGACCUACUUGGCAUUCCGGAAAUUUAUGACUACCAUAUUUACCUUCCAUCCUUGCUGAUAACUGAGGAGUAUGUGCAUUACGCAAAUGGACCGCAAAUUUUAACUUUUAAAUAUGUAUAUGACAGUCCACCUAAUUCCAUGGUUAUAAACAAUUACAUUCGGAAGACCAUGAACGACACCAAGCAAAUCCAAAUUCAUAAUCAAAAUUUUUUUGAAAGUCCGAUACUAAGAAUGGAAGAAAAUGUUUUUCAUGGCAAAAAUAGGAUGACCGCCGUCACAUUUACUGAAUUUAGUGUAAAAGGUUUGACGGCUAAAACCUUUGAAAAUUUAACAAGCUUAAGUCGGCUUAUUUUUGAUAAUGUUAUUUUAAGAGAUCUUUCGUUUUUGAGGUAAGUAAAAGUAAGUGUCGCUUUUCUAGCAUUAAUGUGUGCCUGCAUUUCAGA